AUGUCAAAGAAUUUUGCAAUUGUCGACAUGUUUAAGUUGAUACUGCUCGGUUUUUUUAAUUGUCUGGUUCUGACUUCGUCAAAUAAAGUUAUAAGGAUAUCGCGAUCGGUCGGUGAGAAUGAAGAAAUCGAAUCGAAGAACAAAUGCAGAUGUGUCAAGUAUUUUCAAUGUGACGAAAACAAUUUGAUCAACACCAGUGGGAAAAAUCUUAUAGGUGUGAGGUCUUCUGUAAGACCCCAAAAAAUAAUAUGUUCCGAUGAUGAUGAGGGAACGACGCAAUAUUGCUGUUUUUUACCAUCCACGAUAAUCGAAGUUCUAAGUAACAACACCACUACUGAAACAAGUAAAACCACUUAUUCCCAGCACGAUUUUUCCAAAUGCGGACGAAAAACCGUACGACCAACCAAAACCCAAAACUAUGAGGCUGAAGAAAACGAAUUCGCAUGGAUGGCCGUUAUAUUUGCCAAAACAAAAUUUGUUUGCACCGGCACCUUGAUCCAUCCUAAUGUCGUUUUGACAGCAGCUCACUAUGUUUACAGAGUAAAAAAUAAGUCAAACUUGAGAGUAUUUGCUGGAGGAGGAGUUGAUCUGAGGUCCACGAAUGACGAAGAGAGAAGGGUGGUCGAGUUCAUAAGUCACCCGCAGUAUUCCACCGAUGGUACUCUUCGUUACGACAUAGGCCUUUUACUUUUGGACGAACCUUAUGUUUUGAGUAAUCGAAUGAACGUUAUUUGUUUACCACCUGAAGGUCUCAGUUUUGAGAACACCAGGUGCGAAACAGCGGGAUGGAACAAAAAUAAUCCUUUGAAGAUGCAUAAAGUAGAACUGCCAUAUAUCCCACGAGAUACAUGCGAAACCAUGCUAAGAAGCAACACAGAACUGGGUUCCUAUUUCGUCCUGCAUGACUCCUUCAUUUGCGCAGGAGGUGAAAAGGGCAAGGACGUUUGCAAGGGAGACGGUGGAAGUCCUUUGAUGUGUGAAAAGGACGAUGUGUACUAUCAAGUUGGUAUCGUAUCGUGGGGCAAGGGCUGCAACCAGGAAAACGUUCCUGGAGCUUACACUAAUGUUCCAAUCUUCAAGGAGUGGAUAUUCAGCGAGCUUAUGAGAAGAAAUAUCAUUAUAAUUUAG